AUGACAACUUCUAGCAGCUGGGGCAACAGCAGUACCACCAGAUACUCGACCGCUACAGUGUCAAGCGCAAGUGUCAUUUCCUCGUCGACUGGUUUCGAAAGCUCGUCCUCAGAGCUCACGACUACCACAACGAUUGAAACGACCGUGACACGCACCAAUACCUACACACCGCCGGGCACGAGCUCGAGCCCCUCUUCUGGAUUUUCAAGCGCCCUGCCAAACCCAAGUGGCUCAACCUCUAUUGAGCUUUCAUCGCACUUAUCCUACCCCACCUCGUCGCCACGACCGUCUGGCACGAGCAGCUAUCUCAGCAGCAGCUACAUCGAGUCUUCUGGAACGGGAGUCAGCGAUACCAUGCCGGUCACUUCGGGUGCUUCUGCCUCUGUUUCCAGCAGCGUGACGAGCUCAUCUCCCUAUGGAAACUUCACGACCACGGGUCCCACGUCGACCAUUUUAGAUGUUAGCUCUACUACAACAUCCGGGACCGGAAUCAGUGAAACUCUUCCCAUCAUCUCGGAGACCUCCGUAUUUGGGUCGAGCACCACGGAAACUUCGUCCCUAUAUAGCUUCACGGUCACGUCUGAUGUUGGGACCACCUCGGAAACCAGCUUCGUCGGGUCGUCAGGGACUGGUAUCAGCGAAACUCUCCCCAUCAUCUCAGAUACUUCGACCACGAGAGAGAGCUCCACGGUGACAGGAGCCGAACCGUCGGCAAGCAAGACCAAGACACCAUGCGUUACUCGCUCGCACUCGUCCGACGUUGAGACGUCAUCCGCGCCCGAAUCAAGUGAGAUCAAUUCUUACCCUCCCAACGAGAGUACCGUGUCCGGCAACUUGCCGAUUACGCCUUCAUCGGACGUUCCCUCAUCACCGACAUAUUCUCCUCCUGCUGACAGUACGAUUUCCGGGAACCUUCCCGUGACGCCUUCGGUAAGCCUGUCUUCUACGGAGGCGUACCCCUCGUAUCCAUCCGUAGAAAGCACCUCUGGAGAGAGCACGGUUUCGAGCAAUCUACCCAUCACACCAACGCAGAGCUCGACCAAGGUCGAGUCAGAGACGUUCCCUCCUUACCCGCCUCCUGAGGAGAGUACCGUCUCGGGAAACCUCCCCGUCACCCCUUCUCAGAGCUUCCCAAGCAACGGCACAGCAACCUCCUCUCUGUUGCCCAGCGGAAGUACGUCAGGAGCCGGGUCGUCGACAUCGGUGCCCAGCGACUCAUCAACGACCUCGAUCAUCAGCGAGAAGCCGUCCUACCUUCCCACGCCGAGCACAGUGUAUCCUGAGCCGACCCCUUCAAGCGAGUCUACCAUCUCCGACGCGCUGCCGGUCACACCCUCUAGCGGUGCCGAUGUCCCGCCCAGCACGCUUGUGACGAGCACCAAGACGGCGCCCGAGACGAGCAAGAGCAGCGAGCCCAGCGGACCGACAUCGUACUAUGGAGGGUAUGACUUUGGCUGGACGAGCGGUGGCCGCGCCGGAUGGAAGCAGCAGCGCAAGGAGAAGGAGCGCAGAGGCAUGUUCGGGCUCUUCCCGUAA